UUUUAUAACUAAAAUAAGUAAAAGAAAAAAUUGUAAUUCUUUUAGAAUAAAGAAAAUAUUUGGAAAGGAUUUUGAUUCGAUGUAGUCCAUUAAAGUUUUUAGUUCAUAAACUUCUGGAAGCGCAAACUUAUUAAUUCUGCUGUGCGGGCACAUAAUUUAUUUACAUAAAAAUUAAUUUCUUUAAUUAAAUACAAACAAUACUUUCAGUUGCAUUUGAAAAAUUCUUACUUGAUGAUUAAAGUUUCAUUUUAAAAAAAUAAUGUAAUUUACAUCUUUUCAUUUUGCAAAAUCCAGCUCAUUUAUGGUGUACAGGUUAAAGCAUUUCAGAUUUCUUCGUUAGAGAUCAUACGAUAGAUGUUUCAGUGUAAAAGUUUUAAUUAAAAACAAAAUUGAGUUAUCCAGAAGCGAUAUUUAAUAUGUCUACAUUUAUAUGGGCAAUAUAUUUUUUCCCCUGGACUCUACGAAAGUUUGCUAAUUUUAUUGAAUCCUGUUUUUUAAUCAGAUUUAAUAAGAUUUCUUCUAUUUUUCGCUCAAUUAAAUUCUUUUAAAAGGCUAAUGAACUGUUUUCCUCCCUAACAAUCGAAUUGAGGAAUCGGAGGAGAAAAGACGAUAUUCAUCUGAAUGCACAUUACAUUUUCUUCCAUUUCGGAUGGAAGUGAGCAGGUGUGUGUGACAGCAUUUCGGUUUAAACUUAAAGGUGAUGUCAAAGAUAAAUGAAGUAGAAUCCGAAAUCCUCGAAAGAACACGUCUUCUAGAAUCAUUACAGAGAUUGACCUUAGACGGGGCUUAAAGAUCUUGUCACAGCAUUAAACGCUAAUGAACGUACAAGUGCGUAAUUCGCUGGCAUCAAGGACACAAAUAACUAAGCACCAUUAUCGAUGCUCGGCUUGCUUCGCUUAUUUGGACCGGAUGAUUGUCUGUCCCAGAGAGUUUUUUCGAGUUUAAUUGAUGUACGGGGAGUUUUCCAACUGGUUUCUGCCGUUGUCGUUCGGGCCAACGCGCAUACGCGUAAAGUAAAGCGAUUGCCCUAGAUGCAGACUGUAGUAGAGUCCGUCUGUCGCCACGUGUGUGCGUGUUAGACGCCGUCUGUCCCCAUUGAUUUCUCCUUCACUCUAUUGAACAGCCUUUGUCCGUUUAUCCUUGAACGCGUUGGCCAGAACGAGGCUCCGGACAAUCCGCCAGAUGCGCAGUAACUAUGCUGGUUUCUGCCGAGAAGAGUAGAGAGGGGAUAGCUCCUUUAGCCAUCAGUCGGCCACGUGCUGCCCGCGUGACGUCACCAGGGUUGGUAGAUCGAGAUCCGGAAUACUCGACACACAAGGAAAGAAUUGUGAACUUGUAAAAUGAUGCUAUGGACGAUCACGUGGCGUAAUGAUGCAAUUUCCGGCGCACGUGCUGCGAUAUGUCUGUAAAUUUAUUGUUGAUCGCAUUCAUCUGUUUGCAGUUAUUCUGAACCCUAUUUCCGUCUAUGUCUACGAUGGAGUGGGAUGGGGGUGGUUUUUAUAAUCAUGGCUGGUGAACUUACAAGUGCUCAACUUCAACAGCUUUAUAUAUGUAGUUUGUUGGCCGGUCAGAAGAGGGAACAGCCCAGCUUUACUACUAAAGCUCAUGUCUUCCACAUUGAUCCCAAGACAAAACGCUCCUGGGUACCGGCCAGCUCACAGGCAGUCAAUGUCAGCUUUUUCUAUGAUUCCACCCGUAACUUAUAUAGAAUUAUCAGUGUGGAAGGUACAAAGGCAGUUAUUAAUAGUACUGUUACACCAAACAUGAUGUUCACUAAAACAUCUCAGAAAUUUGGACAAUGGUCAGAUAUCAGAGCAAAUACUGUUUAUGGAUUGGGAUUUACUUCAGAGCCAGAAUUGAACAAGUUCAUCGAGAAGUUUCAGGAGGUGAAGGAAGCCACCCGACAGGCAGCUCAACCGAAAGCACAGACUCAAACCAACGGUAGUGCAGCCACUCCCGUAACAUCAGCCAGUGCAUCACCCAGCAGCACUCGUGGUCCCCAGCCUCCUGCUCCACCUGCACCACCGCAGCAACCGCCACAAUCGUCGGAAUGCGGAGAGGAACAGAAAACGGCCGCCACACUCACUAACCAGGUAGACCAUCCGGGGAUAUCUGCUACCUUGCCUAGCAACAUCAAUGAUAUUGCCAAUAGUUUGAAGUCGACGCUCGUUGCUCACCAAAGAAGUCAGAGUCUGUCAGGUCUCCAGGCUGGCAAGAUAACUGACAGUCCUAAACAUCAGCAAAAAGAUAAAACUUCAGUAGCCAGCCUCCCUCAGUCUACUGCUGAAGCACAACUCAGAUAUGAAAAUGAUCGUCUGAAGCUUGCACUUGCUCAGAGCUCAGCUAAUGCCAAAAAAUGGGAGGUUGAAUUACAAACUUUGAAAAAUAAUAACGUACGUUUGACCAGUGCACUACAAGAAAGUACAGCAAAUGUAGAGGAAUGGAAAAGACAGUUACAAGCUUUAAAAGAAGAAAAUACCAAAAUGAAAACUCAUGUUUUAGAAUUAGAAGCAAGUCAUGGAAAUCCUGAAGCUGUAACAGAAUUGAGGAAAGAGAUUGGUAAUUUGCAUAACAAAGCUGAAACAUUGGAAAAUGAAGUGAGACAAAAAGAUAAAGAAAUUGAAAUAAUGAAAAGAAAAUUAGAUGAACAGCAACAGGUACAAACUACAAGUCAAAAAGUAGAAGAUAAAUUGAAAGCUUUGUUAGCUGAUAAUGAAGGGUUAAGGACAAGUGUUACAAGACUCCAAGAACAGCUAGAUGGAACUAAAUCGACCAAUCGAGCUAAAAAAGGUGCUUUGGAACAGCUGAAUCAACGACUCGCACAAAAGAUCCAAGAAUUAAAAGAAAUUCAGCAAGAAAUUGCUACAUUGCUCAAUUCCUGAUAUAUUAGUCCUUGCAUUCGCUGCCUGCAAUAUGGCUGACACUUGGAUCACCUUUGCAGCCGGCCAGUCCACAUGGGAGUGAAAAAUGACUUGCUCCUACAUGUCACCCACAGAAUUAAUAAAACCCAAAACAUUUUAAAAUAAGAAAAAGUAGAAUUGUAAGAUUCUGGACACUUCAACUUCUUGCCUCUUAAUGGUCAUCAUUCAUUUUUUAUCCACAUCAGACAAAGCAAGUGAUGUAAUGUGUUCCUUUUAAGUAAUAAUUUUGCAACAGUAUGUUUGCCCUAUUCAUAAAAAUGGACCAAGUACAAGAAAGCCAUAAAUAUCAGAAAUGAAUAACUCCCAAUUUUGCUUACAACAACAUGGUGCUGGCUGCCAAUGGAGAGUCCUAAUCUUCACCAAUUUAGUAUUAAAAAAUGUUUGUAUGAUUUGUGUAUUUUAUAUACUGUUAUAGUUAGCACUAACUGAUGCAGUAUAAUCACCUCUCUUCCCUAAUAUUUGCAUUCACAUUUCUGAUAAACCAAAUAGCACCAUUGUUAGUUUGACAGCAAUGGUCAAGCCUUGAUUCUAGUACUGCCAUUCAGAGGCCAGCAGGCUCAAGUGUCUGUUAUGCCAUUACUUUUUUUCUGUCUCUCUUUCAUUGUAUAUUCCUCUCUUUAGUAUUUCUGCAAAAAUGCAAAAAAAAGCAAAUAGUUUAAAAAUUCAGCAUUUAUCUGUAUUCCAGCCAUAAAGAUAUCUUUGAUGUUUUUGAUAUUCUUAACUUAUAGAAGAAAAGAGUGAAUAAGGUGUAUAGUUUUAUCUAAUUUCAAUAAUUAGAAGAUGCUUACUGGACUUUUUAUUUUAUUAUUAUUAUAAUUAUAAUUAUUAUAUUUUUUUAAUCAAUGAAGAAGUCCAGCAAAGUUCAGAUUCUCUAAAAUGUGUGCAAUACUCAGUUCCCAGAUAAUGCAUUAAAAUAUGAAGGAAAAAACCAAGAUAUUUGAAAUGCUGGGACCAGAUUUUUUCCUGUUUGUUUCUUGUUGUUGUUGUUAUAUUAUUAUUUUUUUUUAAUGGCUGCUCUUUUAUGUUCUCUGUAAAAAAUUUGUCAAAGUUGGAAUCUUUGACAAGCAAAGGCAGCUUUUGUUUGAAGAUUUAAUUUUAAAUUAUCAGGUAAAAAUCCAGUGCAGCUUCAUUAUUUGAAGAAAAAAAAGGAAAAAUGAUGUUCUGGAAUAUUCAAUCAAAACUAUUGUCUUUUGUUAUAGAAUCUCUUAUUGUAAUUAUUGAAGUUGUAUUUUAUUAUUAUUUUAUUAUUGAACUGAAUUCAAUGAUGUUAAAUAAGAUUAACUUUUAUAUGUACAAUACAUAUAACAGACAUCACCCUAUAUAAAGUAUAUAUAUAGACAUAUAUAUAUAUAUCUAUAACUAUGUAUAUGUAUAUAUAUACACAGUGUAUACAUAGAUAUAAAAAAAUACAUGCAAAAAAACUAUAAUAGAAUAAACUAUGUUUCAGAUUAGGUUGUGGGAUGACUUGUGGGAUGCAUCAGAAUGUUUUGAAAGUUGGUUGUAUUGUUACAAUUGGUAAAUCUGUUACUUCGUGGUUGUUUUUGAUAACUAGCUAGCUAAAUCUUUAUGAUGAUCAUAAAUAUGCAUGAACAUGUAGGAAUAUCAAAUACUCAAGACUCUUUGAGUUCAAACUAUUUAUUACGCAAAGAAAAAUGUCAGGAAUUGGAUUCAUUGGUGAUAUUUCUUUGUUACUACAGUGCCUUUAUUAAUUCCACUCUUUUUCUUAUCAAAAUAUAUUAUGAAAGAUAUGGCAAAAGAGUGUUUUUCCUUUCAGGGGCAAUAAAGAGGCAUUAGUUGUCAUUGGUUAAAUUUAUCAUCUUACUUUUAACCAGAAGUUAAUGGGUGAACUUCUAAAAAAAUUGAUCAGACAACCAUUAUUAUGAUUUAUCUAUUCAAAACCUAUUAUUUUCAGCAAUUAAAAUGCAAAAUGCAGAGAACAGCCGCCAGUAAGUCUGUUGGAACAGUCUUGUCAGUUAAAAGAAUUGUUUUGUGUUAGAAUUACUUGGAGAUGCCAAAAGAGCACUGUAAAAACCAAAUCAAUGUUUGCAUGUUCUUAACUGUUUUAUGGGUGAUUUUUUCCAGAACAAUUGAGUCAAUAAAAAAUUAAUUUGUAGUGUCUGAAA